UGACAACAAAAAUAUUGUCUCCAACAGCCGCAGAACAAUCUGCACGCGCUACAAGAUCAGACGUAACGACGACAAAAACAAAUAUCUCGUUGAAAAACAAACGGGUAGCCAUGCAGUUUAAAUUUGACAGUCACAACAACGUCGGACAGGUACUGAAGAUCGACAAUACGAUGACGGCUGAAGGAUACGAGAAAAAUUACAAUUUAAAAAACAAAUUACGAUUGAUAAUUGAUGAGAUUGGUAAAAUGUCGGCUGUGGCUCAAGAAUUGGAGUUGCCGAUCACCAGUGCCGACAAGCUCAUCAAUUCUGAUCAUGUUAUUUACAUGAUGACUGAACAAAAUACACCUAUUAAUUUUGUUGUUGUUGGAAUUUUGAAAAUGGGAUGGAAAAAGUUGUACCUUUACAACAAAAAUGGUACCCGUUCAGAAACCAUGGUUUAUUGUUUGUUGGAUUUUUACAUCCAUGAGUCUAAACAGCGUCAAGGUUACGGAAAACGAUUGGUUGAAUACAUGUUACAGGAUAUGAAAUUGGAUGUUAAGCAAUUGGUUAUUGAUACUCCAACUACUACUUUAUUGCAGUUUAUGUGGAAAAAUUUCCAUCUAUCCAAAUUAGUAAACCAGGGAAACAAUUUUGUUAUUUAUGAGGAAUUCUUUGAUAAAUGUAAUCAAAAUCAUGACAAUACUGGAAAUAGAACAUCAGGGUAUAAUCGCCCACCUACAUUUGGACGCCAUGGAGCUCAUAAACAUUAUGAUUCAAUGGGUGAAAUUAUACAAGAUACAGGAACUCUUUCUUCUAUGAAGCACGACCAUGUCAAUAAUUUUGUUCAUGACCAAUUCACUAAAAUUAAACCACAUACUGAAGAAGCUUUAGGCUCACUUCAAAUCAACAAAUAUGGUGAUUAUGUGAAGCGAGAUCUUAAAUACCAUCACAGCUCAACAUGAUAUAAAAAACUAUUGCUUUGAAUUCAGAUAACUUAUUAGUUAUUAUAACUGAACGAAUGUAUUGUUCAAUUAUAUGUCAAUAUCUGAAAAUAUUGUAAUAGUUUAAAUAUGUCCAUUUCAUUGUAGCUUUAUGCUUAAGCUAAUAGACUAAUAAUACAAUAAUUAUUUUUUAUUACUUGUUGUACUAACUUUAACUGUAACACUACAGUUAAGUUGUAGAAUGCACCGAAUCUAUUAUACAGGGUUUGGCAAAAUAGACUGCAGUUUUGAAAGGCUAUUAAAAAAAACUAUGCAACUUACAGAAAUGAGGUUUAUUUUAUUUUAUUUGUUACAUCUACUUUAUACAUUAAAUUUUGAAAAUGACAUCAGAAGAUGACCCCCAGUAGUUGAAGGCAAAUUUUGAAGUUUUUGCACAUAUUAAUAACGGCUAUUUCCUUCUAAAUUUGAUUAUUGAGUUCUUCCAUUAUAUGAAGCCAAGUUUUAAAAAUAUUUUUUUUUCAGGUAGUCCCACGGAAAAAAGUCAUAAAUGCUCAAAUCAGGUAAGUACACGGUUUAUCUUAUCAUCGGGGAAUGUCAUUUUCUAAUGCUUAUUGUUUAAAACAACAUGAUGUACCGAAUUUAAUAAAAUAAAUCUCAUUUAUGUAGGACAUAAGUUGCAUCUUUUUUUUUUUAUUAGCUUUUCAAAACUGCACUGUUUGU